AUGGAGUUCGAAGACUUCCCGUCCGAUGACGACGUGACAUUCAGUGACGACGAAGACUCGGCACAGGUGCUCGACCUCUUGACGCUCGUUGCGACCAAGCCGCUUGUCGUGACGGCGCCCAAAAGUGCAACACUGGUGGUUGACGCGCCCUGUGCACUGGUGGGUGACGCGCCCUGUGAUAUUGCCCCAGAAGCGUCUCCUGCGACGGUGCACGUGACACCUGCAGCGGUCUACGACGACGAGCCCGCCAUUUUGCCAUCGAUUACGGCGCCACUGCCACGCAUUGAGACUACGGCACCGAGCGACGAGAAAGAAUGGGGACCGCUGUUCGACUCAAUUUGUCAUGUCAAUGUGUGCGUGGACGAUGGCGACGUUGAAGCAACUGCCGACGUCGCGACACGAAAGCACGUCCUCGAUAUCUACCACUGCCUACAGCAGACGGCUGAGGGCGCGACAUCGGAGUCACUACUAGGAUUGCUGCAGCAAACGCGGGUGUUUCCGUACCUUGUGUCCCAAGCAGACUGGGACGGCGCGAGGCUCGAGAAGUCGGAACUGUCGCCGAGUCGGCUCUACGAAGUCUUGCAGCAUUGGUGCGCCGCGAACCAGCCUUUUUGUGCUCUCUACCGAGACCUCGCGCACCGAUGGCGCGUCGUAACGUCGCUCCUCUUGGGCGGGGCGGACGAUGAGGCAGCCGCCGCGCUGGCUGCGUGCAAGGCCAAGGCGCACGAGUCGUCUUGGCUGCAGGCAAUGGUGUACCAGCGACCCCGGCGUCAACUUUCACCAGAGACACCAGCGCGGCCCAGUGCGCGCGCGUCCAAGCGCCUCGAGGCAUUCGUGACGCGCAUGCAGGGGGACAUUGCGUCGCGUCGCCAGAAAACCCAACAAACGCUUGACGAGAAACAAGCCCAAGCCGAUGCGGCGGCCAAAGAGGCGCUGCCGCCGCCGCCAUCGCUGGCCAAAGGCACCAAGCGGAUUCUCAAACAGAACGGGUGGGACGCCACGUCACCACGAGCUUGCGUCAACCGACUCCUCGCUGACCACGCGCUGCAUCGGCGAGAGCACGACCAGCAGCGAGCGCGGCGCGAGACCAUCGACGCCGAGACAGGCCAGGCGUUCUUUCGACCGAAAAUCAACAAGUCCAACCUCAAGCGCCACGGCGACGUCUGUGUCGAGCUGUACGACCAAGCCAAGGCCACAGAUGAGAAGCGCGCGACGCUCCAGAGCCAGCUGCAGCACAAGGCACAGCAACUGGCAACUCCGCGCAUGAACCCAGCGUCACUCAAGGUCUACAAAAAGCGACUGCUUCGGGAAGUCGACGUGCUCUUGAGUCUCGUGCCGGGCGAACCCAGCGACGACGCGACCCUCUCGAGCGACCACCUUCUGCACGUGUUUGGCUACUUUGGCGUGUUGCCGCUGGCACUGGCGACACCAGAGAACACGCUGUGGCAGCACCUUCAGGCAUCAGUCACGACGGUGCGCGCGCUCAAAGAGUGGCUCUUCCGCAUCAUCCUCGCGCCUGGCGAGCUGCGGGGCGCGCAAAAGCAGCUGCGGCAGCACUACCUCGCUCGAGACCGCCACGCCAAGCGCACGAGUGACGACGAGUUGUCACCCAAACACGGCACACCAGGGACAGGCACGUAUUCGAUGCACGGCCAUCUCGUGUCCGCCACGAAACCCGACCCGACCAUCGCCCGCCAGCGCGAGCUCGAGGCCAAGUUGCAGUGGCUGCGCGACGAGAAGCGAGCGCGCGAGGAGGCCGAGUGCACGUUUGCUCCCGACUUGCGGCAGCCGCCGAUCGAGGUGCGCCCACCAGACGUCGCGGCCCAACGCCUGUACGAGCAAGGCCUCGAGCAAAGGCGCGAGCGCGACGAGCGCGUCCACGCGGCGCGACUGGCCAAGCAAGCGCAGGUCGAGCGCGAAUGCACGCGCCCCGAGAGCCCGAGUGCCGCCGCCCGACUGCAAGCCUUCCUUGCGCUGCCGCCUCCGAAGCAUAUCGAUGGCUUUGAGAAGGCCGUGCAGUCGCUGCGCCGCGGCCACGCCGAGCGAGCGUGGCGCAAGGCCAAAGGCGAGUCGCCCAUCGCCCUGCACUUGGACGUGACCAAGUUUCGCUCCGAAGAUGGCCGCACAACGGUGCCGCAGCCGUUCCACUUGACCUCGUCGACGCCAAAGGACGUCUCACCGACGACCGUUCGCCGGCACCAGCCCAGUCAGUGGCAGCGCGAGGCAACGGCGUCCACAGACGAUGGCAACGACGACGACUGUGUCCGUGUACAAGUCCACAUUUCGCCGACGCUUAUCCACACGCUGGACGUGUACGCCGACAGCGAUGUGCCCGCGCUCGUCAGCCAAGUGGUCGCCGAUUACAACCUCGAGCCGUACCAAGCCGACCGCCUCUUGACCCUUCUCUCGAGCUCUGACGAGAGCGUCUUGGACGACGCGCCGCUGCUGUCGAGGCUAGAGACGCUCGACUUUUCCAACAUUGCCUAA